AUGUCUUCCUCCUCCUUAGAGGGAGAGACUCUUCCAAAGACGGACGGCUCGUCCGCCUCGGACGAGGACCCCAUUUCCCUGAUUGACCGGGGAGACGUCGAUACCCUCACCCGCAUCGCCACGCAGCAAUCGCGCCGCCAGUCGACCAUUAAAGGCCCUUCCCAGGCCCUGGCAACCGUCGCUGAAAAUGACCCCACACUUGAUCCCCAGUCGGAGAAGUUCGAUCUGCGGAAAUGGCUCCAGGCUGCGAUGAACGAUGUCGGUCGGGACGGCAAGCACGGCCACAAAACUGGCAUUCUGUUCAAGAAUCUCAAUGUAUAUGGGUCGGGCGCCGCCUUGCAGUUUCAAGACACUGUCGCCUCGGUGCUGAGUUCGCCUCUUCGUCUGGGACAGGUACUCCGCCAGGCCCAUUCACCGCAGCGACGGAUCCUCAAGGACUUCAACGGUCUUUUGAAAAGUGGCGAGCUGCUGCUCGUGCUGGGUCGUCCAGGUGCCGGGUGUAGUACAUUUAUGAAAUCGCUUUGUGGGGAGCUGCAUGGCUUGAAUGUCGAUGAGGAGAGCGUGAUACACUAUAAUGGAAUCCCCCAGUCGCGCAUGAUGAAGGAGUUCAAGGGCGAGGUGGUGUACAACCAAGAGGUCGACAGACACUUCCCGCACUUGACAGUCGGCCAAACACUCGAAUUUGCCGCCGCGACACGAACCCCCGCGCAUCGAUUCGAGGGCAUGUCUCGAACGGAACAUGCCAAAUACGUGACGCAGAUCGUCAUGGCGAUUUUUGGACUGUCACAUACCUACAAUACCCGAGUAGGAGACGAUUUCAUUCGCGGCGUCUCUGGUGGAGAGCGCAAGCGGGUCAGUAUCGCCGAGAUGGCGCUGUCAAUUGCACCUUUAGGAGCAUGGGACAACUCGACGCGAGGAUUGGACUCGGCCACGGCACUCAAGUUUGUCGAGUCCCUGCGUUUGUUGUCUGACAUUGGAGGCUCGGCGCAUGCAGUGGCCGCCUACCAAGCCAGCCAGAGUAUUUACGACGUCUUCGACAAGGUGGUUGUCCUCUAUGAAGGUCGCCAGGUCUUCUUUGGCCCUGCUGCUGCUGCCAAGUCCUAUUUUGAGCGGCAGGGCUGGGACUGUCCCCAGCGACAGACCACAGGCGAUUUUCUGACUUCGGUGACCAACCCGCAAGAACGUCAGGCGAAGCCCGGCAUGGAAAACCGCGUCCCUCGCACCCCAGAGGACUUUGAAGCUGCAUGGCACAAAUCGGCUGAAUAUCAGCAGCUGCAGGCAGAGAUCGCGACGUAUGAGGAGCAGUACCCCCUUGGUGACAGUGCUGCUGUGGAGGAGUUUCGGGAAAGAAAGCGUGGUAACCAGGCCAAACACACGCGACCUGGAUCUCCCUACAUCAUCAGUGUGCCCAUGCAGAUCAAGUUCAACACAAUCCGUGCCUACCAGCGACUCUGGAACGACUCUGCUUCGACCGUGUCCACAAUUCUUACUCAAAUCGUCAUGGCCUUGAUUAUUGGUUCUGUUUUCUAUGGAUCUCCCAAUGCCACGGCCGGCUUUCAAUCGAAGGGAGCCACCCUCUUCUUUGCGGUUCUUCUCAACGCCCUGACAGCCAUGUCAGAAAUCAACAGUCUUUACGCACAACGGCCCAUCGUCGAGAAACAUGCCUCAUAUGCUCUUUACCAUCCCGCCACCGAAGCCAUCGCCGGCGUGGUCAGUGACAUACCGGUCAAGUUCGCCCUGGUGGUCGUCUUCAACAUUAUUCUGUACUUCUUGGCAGGUCUCAGGCGAGAACCAUCCCAAUUUUUCAUUUAUCUGCUUAUCACCUUCAUCAUCACUUUUGUGAUGAGUGCAGUGUUCCGGACCAUGGCCGCCAUCACCAAGACCGUGUCGCAGGCAAUGAGUCUGGCUGGUGUCCUGAUCUUGGUUUUGGUAGUCUACACCGGUUUUGUCCUGCCUGUGCCAUCUAUGCAUCCCUGGUUCGAGUGGCUCCAUUACCUCAACCCGAUUUUCUAUGCGUUUGAAAUCCUGAUCGCCAACGAGUUCCACGGCCGCGAUUUUCCCUGCUCCCAGUUCAUUCCCACCUACGCCGACUUGUCGGGCAGUUCAUUCAGCUGCUCGUCUCUGGGCUCGGUCGCAGGAAAAACCACCGUGAAUGGAGACCAGUAUAUCAUGAAGAACUACGAGUACAGCUACAGUCAUGUGUGGCGGAACUUUGGCAUCUUGAUCGCUUUCCUGAUCGGCUUCAUGGCCAUCUACUUUGUCGCUUGUGAGCUGAACUCCUCUACCACCAGCACCGCCGAGGCUCUCGUCUUUCGUCGCGGCCAUGAACCGGCUAGUCUGCGUGGAGACUACAUGAAGUCGGGAUCGGAUGUCGAGAACACCAAGGAAACAGCUGUGACACAACCCACAUCUGACGAGUCAGAUGAAUCCGGUAUGGCCGCCAUCCAGCCCCAGACGGAUAUCUUCACUUGGCGAGACGUCUCCUACGACAUCGAGAUCAAGGGCGAGCCCCGUCGACUUCUGGACAAUGUUUCGGGAUGGGUGAAACCAGGAACGCUCACCGCGCUGAUGGGAGUCAGUGGUGCUGGUAAGACAACUCUACUUGAUGUGUUGGCGCAUCGCACCUCGAUGGGUGUGAUCACGGGCGACAUGUUUGUCAAUGGCAGCGGACUGGACCAAAGCUUUCAGCGCAAAACGGGUUAUGUGCAGCAGCAGGAUCUUCACUUGGACACGUCAACUGUGCGCGAGUCGCUCCGUUUUAGUGCGCUGUUGCGCCAGCCUGCUUCGGUGUCAAUCCAGGAGAAGUAUGAUUACGUCGAGGACGUGAUUCAUAUGCUGAAAAUGGAGGAGUUUGCAGAGGCCAUCGUCGGUGUGCCUGGUGAGGGAUUGAACGUCGAACAACGCAAGCUAUUGACCAUCGGCGUGGAACUAGCCGCGAAGCCCAAAUUGCUCCUUUUCUUGGACGAACCUACCAGUGGUCUUGACUCCCAGAGCUCGUGGGCUAUCUGCUCGUUCCUCCGCAAGCUUGCCCAGCACGGGCAGGCCGUUCUUUGCACCAUUCACCAACCCAGCGCGAUGCUUUUCCAGCAAUUCGACCAGCUGCUGUUCUUAGCUCGCGGCGGUAAGACCGUGUACUUUGGCCCUGUGGGCGAAAACUCUCGCACGCUUUUAGACUACUUCGAGUCUCAUGGGGCCCGCAAGUGUGGCGACAGUGAGAACCCAGCCGAGUAUAUGCUGGGGGUUGUGAAUGUGGGCUCAAAUGACCAGGGAGAGGAUUGGUUCAGCGUGUGGAAGCAAAGCAACGAGAGCCAGAUGGUUCAGACGGAGAUCAACCGCAUCCAUGACGAAGAGCAAAAGAAAGACCGGUCCGACGCCAGUGACGACUCUACCAACAGCCAUUCCGAGUUUGCCAUGCCAUUCUGGUUCCAGCUCUACCAGGUCACCCACCGUGUGUUCCAGCAGUAUUGGCGUAUGCCGUCCUACGUCCUGUCGAAAUGGGCAUUGGCCAUCGCUUCCGGUCUCUUCAUUGGUUUUUCGUUCUAUCAAGCCAAAACCUCGCUCCAGGGAAUGCAGACAAUCAUCUACUCAACUUUCAUGCUGUGCACUAUUUUCUCUUCGCUAUCUCAACAGAUCAUGCCCGUCUUUGUGACGCAGCGUUCUCUCUACGAGGGACGCGAGCGCCCAAGCAAGUCAUACUCCUGGAAAGCAUUCCUGAUCGCUAAUGUGGUCGUCGAGAUCCCGUACAUGGUAGUGAUGGGCAUCCUCAUGUUUGGGUGCUAUUUUUACGCAGUGGUCGGAGUCCCCGACUCCCUGACUCAAGGAACGGUCUUGAUCUUCUGCAUCCAAUUCUUCAUCUACGCCAGUACAUUCACGCACAUGGUGAUCGCCGGGCUCCCGGACGCACAAACCGCCAGUGCGGUAGUCGUGCUUCUGUUCUCGAUGUCGCUCACAUUCUGUGGUGUGAUGCAGCCUCCCUCGGCUUUGCCGGGCUUCUGGAUCUUUAUGUACCGCGUCUCCCCGUUUACCUACUGGACCGGAGGCAUGGCCGCAACGCAGGUCCACAAUCGCCCCGUUGAAUGCGCAGCCUCCGAGCUGUCUGUUUUCAACCCGCCCUCUGGCCAGACCUGUUAUCAGUAUAUGGAGAAGUACAUUGAUAUGGCUGGUGGUCAGCUCCAUAACACAAAUUCCACUUCCGACUGCAGUUACUGCUCUCUCAAUAUCGCUGAUCAGUACCUGGCCACGUCUGAGAUCUACUACUCCCAACGCUGGCGCAAUUUUGGGGUGCUGUGGGCGUUUAUUGGGUUUAAUGUGUUUAUGGCUACGAUGAUGUACUACUCUUUCCGAGUCAGGAAGUGGAACACAGAUGGUCUCAAGGAGCGGUUGGCCAAGUUGGUCCCGUCGAAGAAGAGCAAGAGCUGA